AUGGCUGACGAAUCUCCCAGUGUCGAUAAUCUCAUCGAGGAGCUCGGGUUUUUCUCCACCGACCACCAAUUCUUGCUUCGUCUUUACGGCUCAUCCGACCCAUUUGCUGGGCUUCCUAGUACAGAUCUAGAGGCCAGUUACAGCCAAAAUCCAUCUGGUCGACUCAGCUCUACCAGUAUUGCUCACAGAACUGCAUCUACUAGGCUCUGGCAAGACAUCCCUUCGCUGAGUGGUGAACGCCCCAAUCAGCUUUGUCUACCACCAAGCCAGCAUCGUCCCAGUAGCUUUCGCGAAGGCCUAGAAGGCAGAGACCUGGCUCACUACGAAGAAGAGUGGACUUCUCUCCUCGGUAUUGAUUCAGAAUCUCUGUUUGAGAUCCUCCAACAGCGUGUAUUGGACGACGAGAAUCCCUACCUUGGGUCCCCCGAGCUUCCCGUGCACUCUAAGGCAUCAGAAAACGUUGCAAGCCCGGGAGCCAUUGCACCUCCAAGCCCAUCAGUCUAUAACAGUGAAAUAGGUGAGCCGCCCGACUCUUUUGUUACCCCCGGCGAGAUCCCUGGAACCCAAGGCAAUCGCAAAACAUCCCAGGACUUGAGGACUUUGAAUAACCCUGGGAGCCUGGAGCAAUUACUUCAAUCAUUCCCAAGUCCUCCCAGUCGAAAUCAAGCGGUCGGAAAUCAACGUCUUUCUCACGUUUAUUCUGAUUACGAACGAGUGCCACCGAAAGACAGUGCCCAAGCUAAUACCUCGACACUUGCCAGUAGUCAAAUCAAAUCUGUGACCAGCCUACCUCGAAUUUCCCAGUUCUCUGAAGAUUUGGGGGACUGUGGCCCGGUCGGAGAGCAAAAAUUUUCCAGCAUUUGUGCCAAAACUGAUACAUCUGCACUCGACACCAGUGGGCUAGGAAAUAGCUCGACUAGUUCUUCUAGGAUUUCCCCACCGUCCUCUAUCGGCACUUCACCUGUCAUCAACACUCGAAACGUUUCCUUUCGGAUCCCUCCCCCGUCUCCCUUGUCUCCCAGCAACUCUCCUAGCACCUCUCCCAGGGAGUUACGUCUCCCCAUUGACUAUCACGAGAGACGGCAAGUGAAGCCUGAAGGCUCCCACCAAGCCCAGGAGCGCGGAAAUAGGUACACCAUUUUCCCUGAAUACCCCUCACGAGCGCGUCCAAUCAGCUACGUAAUCAGAAGGCAGCGCUCCUCCUUCAACAAUAUCUUCCAAGGGCGGCCUAAACCAACAGCUACCCCUCGAUAUUACCAAAAGACGCCUCUCCGUAUCUCUUCUGGUCCCUCGACAACCUCUUUCGCCUCGGGAAAAAGGAGCACACUAAAGGGCAAGGGAGUCUUAAAGCGUUUUGUUAAAAAGCUCAAACAUCUGCUUUGUCAACCCCGCAAACGCACUCCAUCCGCAUUCCAUCGUUAA